AUGGCCACGGCCGAAAAGGAAAAGAAGGCUGACCUUGACUUUGUGUCAGCCCGAGACUCCUACAUCCCCUUGUUCGAUGGAACCUUGAGUGGUUACCGUGAAUGGCGCAAGAGGAUUCUCAUUUACUACAAAAAGAUGUGUUUGAGCAAGCGCCAAGGCGAGGCCAUUCUCAACUUGCUUGGCUCGCUAAGCGGCACCGCUUGGAAACUAUGCGAGGAUUUUGACAUCGAACAAGCAGAGAACGACAAAGCACUGGAUCACAUCCUGACCCGCCUUGAUUCUACCUUUCGCUAUGAUAGCAAGGUUGAGCUUCCUGCGGACUUUUCCGCAUACUUUGAGCACCUCCAACGGCGGCAGGAUCAGACGCUCCUCCAGUUUGUGACCGACCAUGAUGACAAGUUGAAACAAGUUGAGAAGCACGGAGUGAAACUUCCGGACACCGUGCAAGGCUGGCACCUCCUGGCCAAAUCUGGCCUGACUCGUGAGCAAAAGCAGAUGCUCAUGACGCAAUCUGCGUUCCUUGAACGUGCAAAAGCCCAACAAGCUAUGUAUGCAAUCCUGGGUCAAGACUACAAAGGUGGCGGACAGUCUGUUAACAGUCGUUGGCAGCGCCUCUUCAACUCGACCGGCAAGGGUCGAGGCUACUUCGCUGGUGAGGACAACGCAGUUGACCUCACUUGGGACAACCCAUCCGUUGAGUGGGAACCCGAGGAUGAGGGCACCUACUACCUUGACGAUGAGCAGGAAUACCUCCUGGCUCUCACGGACACCUUCGACAGCGAUCAGUUGUCAAUGGAGCCAAGCUUCGACCUACAGCUUGAAGAAACUCUUGGCGAUCCCGGCACCUUCGACGACUUUCUCACUGAAGAGCACAUCUACCAGGACUACACUCCGUCCAUUCCAGAUGAAGACUUUCAUAUGACUCCUGUGGAACCAGCGAGUGCUCCUGAUCUACCUGGACCUCGUGCAGAACAUGAAGACCCAGAGCCUCCGGCAACAGAACCUUCUGGACCUCCCGCUGAUCUAGCUCCACCUCCUUCAGCACUACCUGCAGUACCAGAGAUCAGCGACAUGGAGUCGGAACCUUCUGCUGAACCUGUUCCACCAACACCGAAUGCAAGUUCUGAAGCUGCUCCAUCAUUGGAUCCUGUCAUUCAGGUUGCAUUUCAGAAGCCCGAGAAACCAGAGACCUUCCAGCAGCAGCGUAUGCGUCUUGAUCGACAGGAAACUAUGUCCUUUGGUCCACAACGAACAGCACGUGCUUCAAUGACUCCCUACAUGAAGCCACCUCAGCCAGAGAAUGCCGAGACAGUCUUUGAAAUGGAGGAUCUUGAUGCAGAUUCCCUUCCACCUGGAUGGAUCUUUCAGAAGGACACCAAGACCUUGGAAUUGAAGAGCUCCUUAAAAGACUUCUGGGAAAUCAAAAGUGGCUGUCUCAUUCGUCACCACGUGAAUCUACGAUCCAAGCUCUUCGACAUCCGAGACCGUCGAGACCUACCAAUUCCUGUAGAAGACCUCGAUGAUGUGCAAGUGACGGUCUACCGGGAGCCAGGAUCCAAUCCUCACUCGGUGACGAACCACUUCAAAACCGAGAACAUCUUCAAAAGCACCAAGAACUCCAAGAACGCUGAGAAUAGCGACAUCACCUUGCGCUAUAAGCCCUUCGAGUCCAUUCACUCUUGGCAAGACCUCAGCAAGGUCAAAGCAGUGUUGGCUGGUAACCAUUUCAUCCAGGCCUUGGACGUUGACACAUGCCCUGUUGAGCAAGAAUAUUUUUGGUCGCCUUUGGCUGUACUCUGCACGCUCCUCAUGCUCUUCUCAGCGAUUCUGAGCUUUGCUACCUACAAAUUUGGCAGGUUCCUCGAGCGCCGCCAUUGGCGCAACUUGGUCAACACCCGAAUCCGGGUGACGACAGGUCGGCAUGAGAGGCAUAAGCAGGCCCUGAAGGACCAGCUGAGAGAUCUUCAUCUCCAACAUGUGGAGAAGGUUUGUGAGCUCGAAGAGCGCCUUGCAGAGCUGAUCGCGCGCAACCAAUUUUUGCGCACGGAGAACGAUGCUGUGUUGGUAGAAAACCAUGCUGACCAAGAUGAAUUAGCAGAACUCAACGACCGGCACCGUCGCAGCUGUGCGCUCUUCACCAGAGCUUUCCGAGAGAUCCAAGGGCACCUUGAAGACUGCCCGCUUGAGCAUGGAGUGGUGACCACACCUUUUGGAGCCGCCUGGCAUGCUGAAGAGACAUGUCGCGGCACUUCCCGCUCCGGCCGUGUUGUGAGACGACACGCCUGUAAUUUUUGUGGUCCAGGCGUUCAGACGCCUUUUGUUACAAAUUCUGUGAGCGGCACCACCUUGUACGAAGAUUUUCAAGAAUUUGUAAGACAAGAAGGCAGGUGCUCGUAUGAAGAGUGGAUUGUGGACUAA